AUGGAAAUAGAAGACGGUUUUGAUGACCUUCUUGCUGAAGUAGAAGUUCCAACAUCACCAAAAAAACCUAAAAGUGGCGAGGACGUCGUAGCUGGAACAGCACCGAAACCAACAGCAACUAAAACACACUGCGUUCUAGUGAAUCAAAAGCAACGCGGAAAUCCUUUGUUGAAAUUCAUUACAAGCGUUCCAUGGGAAUAUGAUGAAAUAGUUCCAGAUUAUGAAAUAGGCAAGACUAUCGGUAUUCUGUUUCUUUCUGUGCGGUAUCAUAAUUUGAAUCCUGACUAUAUAAACAAUAGACUUAAAGAAUUAGGCAAGAAGUAUGACCUGAGAGUUCUUUUAGUUCAGGUUGAUCUAAAAGAUCCACAUGUUGCUUUGAAGAAUCUAACAAGAAUAUGCCUUCUGACAGAUAUGACAUUAAUGUUAGCAUGGAGUCCAGAAGAAUCAGCUAAAAUAAUAGAAAAUUAUAAGAUAUAUGAAAAUAAACCACCAGAUAGAAUAAUGGAGAAAAUUGAAAAUGAUCCACAUCAAAAGAUAAUAAAUGCCCUAUCAUCAAUAAAGCCUGUAAAUAAAACUGAUGCUAUGACCCUAAUAACAAAAUUUGGAACAUUAGAGAACAUCAUUAAAGCAACGGAACAGAGAUUAGCUGAUUGUCCCGGUUUUGGGGUUACUAAGGCUAAAAAACUACACAAGGCUCUGCAUGAGCCAUUCUUAAAGAGAGGACAAAUAAAACCUCAGACUAAUGAUGAGUUUUCAGAAGAAAUCUGCUUGGAAGAUAUUGAGAAAAUGGAAAAUGAAGUGAAAAAGUAA